AUGUCAAAGUUUAUCAUUUUCGCGGCAAUCAUCUGUACCUCCGUCAGUUGUCUUCUGGCGGUGCCAGUCCAAGAGGCCAGAUACCAGCCCUCGGAUGUCCAGAUCGUCCGCUACGAGAACGAUCACAAUCCGCAGGAGAAUUAUCAGUUUCGCUACGCGCUUAGCGAUGACCAGACACGCGACGAAGUUGGAACGCUGAAGGACGGCCAAGAUGCCGAGGGUAACGCUGUGCGCUUCUAUGUGGUACGUGGGGCCUACUCUUACGUGGGACCCGAUGGCCAGGCACACUGGGUUCACUAUACGGCCGACGAGACCGGAUUCCAUCCACGCACCGGAACUGGACCGGAACCGGACAGGAAGUUUUAG